AUGGACAUGCUGAAGGAGCAUGGUCUCGAAAUGGGACAUAGCGUGCGUGUUCCAAUUACUCAAGACUGGAACGAUAAUGAAGAAUCGGUAGCUGUGCCGUUACCGGUAUUUGGAGGAGAUGGUGAGGUUACGGUGAAAGUUUUCCAGUCACUUGUGGGAAGUUUACUAUGGAUUUCGCGUUGCACCAGACCAGAUAUCGCUUUCGCGGUGCAUAAAGCGUCAAGAAGGACUCAUAAGCCCACGAUGGGAGAUUAUAAGUUGGCCAAGAAAAUUGCAAGGUACCUAUCUGGCACGAAGACAUUGCGACUUUCUAUGAUUGGAAGAGAAGAUGAACCAAAGCUGUUACAAGUGGUUGGGUACAGUGAUGCGGAUUUCGCUGCCGACAAAGGUGACAGAAAAUCUGUCACGGGUGGUUUAAUUACGAUUGAUGGCAUGCCAGUGAGCUGGAUGUGCAAGAAGCAAGGCGGUGUAUCACUUUCGACCAUGGAGGCUGAGUUUACAGCUGCAUCCAUUAUGGCUCGAGAACUUUUGGGCAUUCGCGAACUGUUGCAAGAGUUAGAUUUGAGAUUUGAAGAGCCUAUACCACUGCGAGUGGAUAACCAAGCGGCUUUGAAACAACUUGACGGUGAGAGAGCUUCGGCUAAGGCCAAACACAUUGAUGUGCACAUCAAGAAUGUCGGUGAUUUUACGAUGCGUGGAAUUAUAAAGCCCGAAUAUUGA